ACCCUUCAUCACAUCAGAGUGAGACUUUUCCAUAAGGAUGGGAAACUCUGAGGUGUGCUCAGAGUGAGCUGAGACUGCCUUUGGUGUCUGACGGAAGGUUUUCCUCCAUCCCAGUCUGUGGCCACCUGUGACUGGAUCCUGAACUCACCGGGAGGAAGGAGCUUCUGCUUGCAGCUGGCUGCUGUCACCUUCCUCAUCUGCCCCCACACAGUGGACAGUGUCUCCACCCUUUCCCCCCGUUAUCCUUAGCCUGUUAGUUACCAGUGUCCUCUAUUCUAUCUAGUGUGACCUGGGCAAGGAUUGGAGCCUGGAAAUGGCCUGUGCCCAGAACAAAUUUCUCUUUGACUCUCGAAGUGGAAUCAACAGGUUAGCAGGCUCAGGUAUCGGCAGUUGCUCAUAGGAGUCAGAGGUGACUGACUAGGACUAACCAGAUCAGCUCAAAUCCUCCCUGUGCUCUGCAGAGGUGAGGGGGGCUGAUGGACUGGGCAUCAAAAAUGUGCACUAGGGUCUGCCACAGGUGGUCCUGUGUGAUCCACACACACAGACCCACUGAGGGGGCCCUGUGUGAUCCAUACACAUAGACCCACAGAGGGGAGCAGCAUAGGGCCUGGCUCUUGGCAGGGCUAAGGAGGAGGACAGGUGUGCCCCCACAGAGCACAGGAGCAGGCUGUGGAUGAUCACAUGGUUUCCCAGUGGGCUUCAGUCAGCUUUACUGUACUGAGAUUUUGAGGCUUGAAGCAUUACCCUUGUGACACCUUAGAGUUCCCAGGCAUGCAGAUCAGGGCAGCCUUUCUCGGGACUAGAGGCAGCUGUCUUUAGGAAAGGACCUACAGGUCUCAGACACAUGCCAAGGAGGGACUGUGCCAUACAGUGUCCAGAGAGCAGGUGCUGCCUGAGAGAAAGGGGCUGGGCCGUGGAGCCUGUCAAGCCAGUGUGGAUCAGCCUGGGUGGGGGUGGAGGUGCAACAGGCUUGUAUCCAGAGGUUAGGGUCAGUCUGGCUAUCGGCCACACCAGAUUUGGUGACGCCAAGGACAGAGAUAAGGAAGGGCUGGAGACCAUUUUCACCCUGGCCUUCGUUGCACCUGGUGACUUGGAGGUGGCCUGUGUGUCACAAAUUGUCCAGACUCUUACCUUGCAAAGUAUCCUGAGAGCUGGCGGCAGCCACAUCUUAUUUGUUGGGAUGCAGCACUGUGCAGAAGGUGAACUGAAAAUCACAAACCACGCCUUCAGUCCCAGCACUAGGGAGGCUAAGGCCGGAGGAGCCUAAAAAGGGCAACCUGAACUACACAGAAAGUUGCAGAAAAGCCUGGGCUACAAAGUGAGAACUUGUCUCAAAGGUAAAGGCCGGCGAGUGCAGCCUCAGUGGUCCCCUCCAGCAGGGACUGAGUCCUGCAAGCUUCGCCUGUAUAAUAGCCUCACCCGGAACAAGGAUGUAUUUAUACCUCAAGAUGGGAAGAAGGUGACGUGGUACUGCUGUGGGCCGACUGUGUAUGAUGCAUCUCACAUGGGACAUGCCAGGUCUUACAUCUCUUUCGACAUCCUGAGGAGAGUGCUGAGGGAUUACUUCCAGUACGAUGUCUUUUAUUGCAUGAACAUCACGGACAUUGAUGAUAAGAUCAUCAAGCGGGCGCGGCAGAACUACCUGUUUGAACAGUAUCGGGAACAGAAACCCCCAGCUGCCCAGCUCCUGAAGGAUGUCCAUGCUGCCCUGAAGCCAUUUUCAGUCAAGUUAAGUGAGACAACAGACCCCGACAAGAGGCAGAUGCUGGAGCGGAUCCAGAACUCUGUGAAGCUUGCCACAGAACCACUGGAGCAGGCUAUGCACUCCAGCCCCUCUGGAGAGGAAGUAGACAGCCAUGUGCAGGUAUUGCUGGAGGAAGCAAAGGACUUGCUUUCUGACUGGCUGGAUUCUACAGGUGGCAGUGAGGUGACUGACAAUUCUAUUUUCUCCAAACUGCCCAAGUUCUGGGAAGAAGAGUUCCACAAAGACAUGGAAGCCCUGAAUGUUCUCCCUCCUGAUGUCCUAACCCGGGUCAGCGAGUAUGUGCCAGAAAUUGUGAACUUCGUCCAAAAGAUUGUGGACAAUGGUUAUGGCUAUGCUUCGAAUGGGUCCGUCUACUUCGACACAGCCAAGUUUGCUGCUAGUGAAAAGCACUCCUAUGGGAAGCUGGUGCCUGAGGCCGUUGGGGACCAGAAAGCUCUUCAGGAAGGGGAAGGUGACCUGAGCGUCUCUGCUGACCGCCUCAGUGAGAAACGUUCUCCUAACGACUUUGCCCUAUGGAAGGCCUCCAAGCCAGGAGAGCCGUCCUGGCCUUGCCCCUGGGGAAAGGGUCGUCCGGGAUGGCACAUAGAGUGCUCCGCUAUGGCAGGCACACUCCUGGGAGCCUCAAUGGACAUUCAUGGCGGAGGGUUUGACCUUCGCUUCCCCCACCAUGACAAUGAGCUGGCGCAGUCAGAGGCUUACUUUGAAAAUGACUGCUGGGUCAGGUACUUUCUGCACACGGGCCACCUGACUAUAGCAGGCUGCAAGAUGUCCAAGUCACUGAAAAACUUCAUCACCAUUAAAGACGCCUUAAAGAAACACUCAGCUCGGCAGCUGCGGCUGGCAUUCCUCAUGCACUCUUGGAAAGACACACUGGACUACUCCAGCAACACUAUGGAGUCUGCACUUCAGUAUGAAAAGUUCAUGAACGAGUUUUUCUUAAAUGUGAAAGACAUCCUCCGAGCUCCUGUAGACAUCACUGGUCAGUUUGAAAAAUGGGAAGCUGAAGAAGCGGAGCUCAAUAAGAACUUCUAUGACAAGAAGACAGCAGUUCACGAAGCCCUGUGUGAUAACAUUGACACACGCACUGCCAUGGAAGAGAUGCGGGCUUUGGUCAGUCAGUGCAACCUCUACAUAGCAGCCAGGAAGGCUGAAAGGAGGAGGCCCAACCGGGCUCUGCUGGAGAACAUUGCCAUGUACCUCACCCGCAUGCUGAAGAUCUUUGGGGCCAUAGAGGAGGAGAGCCCCCUCGGUUUCCCAGUUGGUGGACCUGGAACCAACCUGAAUCUCGAGUCCACCGUCAUGCCCUACCUGCAGGUAUUGUCAGAAUUCAGAGAAGGCGUGCGGAAGAUUGCCCGAGAGAAAAAAGUCCUUGAGGUUCUUCAGCUCAGUGAUGCCCUCCGGGAUGACAUCCUGCCUGAGCUCGGGGUGCGGUUUGAAGAUCAUGAAGGACUGCCAACAGUGGUGAAGUUGGUAGACAGAGACACCUUACUGAAGGAGAAGGAAGAGAAGAAAAGGGCUGAAGAAGAGAAGAGGAGGAAGAAAGAGGAGGCGGCCAGGAAGAAACAGGAGCAAGAAGCAGCUAAGCUGGCCAAGAUGAAGAUUCCACCCAGUGAAAUGUUCCUGUCAGAAAUCAACAAGUAUUCCAAAUUUGAUGAAAAUGGUCUGCCUACCCACGACAUUGAAGGCAAAGAGCUGAGCAAGGGACAGGUCAAGAAGCUGAAGAAGGUCUUUGAAGCCCAGGAGAAACUGUACAAGGAGUAUUUGCAGAUGUUGCAGAAUGGCAGCCUACAGUGAUGCCACAGCAACCCAGAAUGGGUAUACCUACCAGCCUGGCCACCAUGGACCAAGAGACACACCUACUCAGGCCCUGUGCCCUGGUCAUGUUUACAGCUGUUCUCACACCUGAAUCAGACAGAGUGGCAGCAGCUCUGGGACACUGAUAAUAAAUUCUUCUGAACAUUGAA